CACAUGCCUCUUCGGAGAACCCUUGCUCUCACAUUAGCGUUUGUAAUGCGAAACUUCAUUGUAGUACCAUCAACCUCUUGUACAUCAAUCACUUGCUUCUUGUCCCCGUACGACCAAAUCUUGUUUACCACCGCAUGAAUACGAGCAAUAUGGGGAGCUGUGUCCAGGAAUUUUCCAAUCAAGUAAUCUUUCCAUAGUGGAUUUGCGUUGUUGAUAACCUCAUCUGGUAUCUCCACCGUUUGCUGUCCCUCAGACUCAGUGAUAGCUAGAUCGUAUUUUCUCAAGAUCUUCUUCUCUUGAGCCGCUGUAACCCAUGACAUCCCUUUUGAUGUCGUCGACCCCGAUUGACUCUUCGCAGCCAUACCCGGACCCUCUUUCUGUGUUUGUAACACCUGAACCGCCUCCUGACCCUCACCGCAGCAUCCCCCCUCGACGUUUGUUUAUUUUCCAGCCAUCGACCCAGCUCCCGAUCCGGGUCCCAGAUCCUCCUUUUGCACUUCUGCCACUCGCCCUACCCCCUGAGCACCUUCAACACUCGCCAGCACCCUUGAGCCGUCCGGCGGCUUCGUCAUGACGUAACCGCAGGUCGGAGUCCUUCGAAAUCGCCUAUCUCGCGAUCGCGUUGGAUGGAACCGACCGAAGAUCUGGAGUGUGGAGGAGGAAGUUGCCGGACGAUCUUGAAAAAAUCGCAGUUUGUUUCGCAAUCACUGUUCACUCAAUCGUUACUGUUCACUCAAUCCAACUCCUUUUGUCUAUAUUCACCAUUUUCAACUCCAUUAAAUUGGGGUUGAGUGUUUGCACUUACUUUCUUGUGUGUUUAUGGAAACGUUAAAAAGGUGUUGGGGACUUUCAUCACGGAAUGGGAUGAAGGUAAAGCUACCUGCAAAGGAGAUGCUUGCCACUAAGGAGUCUGCUCUGAUGUAUGCUGAGCGUUUGGUUGAGCUUGCUACUUCUCUAGGUUUUGAUGGUUGGCUGAUGAGUUUUAUUAAUAUAGAGAACGAAAUAGAUGAAGAACAGAUUCCUAAUUUGAAGGAAUUCGUAAGCCAUCUAACAAAAGUCUUGCAUUCAUCUACUCUUGGGGCUUUGGUUAUAUGGUACGACAGUGUCACUGUUUCUGGCGAUCUCAAAUGGCAAGAUCAUUUGAAUGAGAAGAAUAAACCUUUCUUUGACUUGUGUGAUGGAAUCUUCAUGAACUAUACAUGGAAGGAGAGCUACCCCAACCUAUCAGCUGAAGUUGCUGGGGACAGAAAAUACGAUGUCUACAUGGGGAUUGAUGUCUUCGGUCGCGGAUCCUUUGGUGGUGGGCAAUGGACUGUUGAUACUUCUCUUGAUUUGCUGAAGAGAAACAAUGUAUCAGCUGCCAUUUUCGCUCCCGGAUGGGUAUAUGAGACUGCACAACCUCCUAAUUUUCAUACAGCUCAGAAUAAAUGGUGGUCACUUGUUGAGAAGUCAUGGGGAAUAGUCCAAACAUAUCCACAAAUCUUGCCUUUUUACUCGGAUUUCAAUCAGCCACUCCUAGAGUUCAAGGAAGACAAGUUCUAAACUUGGACUCCUGCUUCGUUUCUCAUCCCCAUCACACGAAACUAAAUCAAUACUUGUGGCCCCACAAGAACCAAUCCCCAUAUUAGUAGAUCACAUGUUCUUGAAGUGCCUUGUCAUGGAUGGACACACACUGAUUGAAAUCUUUGCCUUUUGCUACGGACCAUAGAACUCGACAAAGACAUCAGAGUACGUUGCAUUGCUCGGUCACAUCUCAAUCAAAGAUCAUGUUCAGCUCCUCCAGCAAAACUUCGUUUCCUUACAUCAUGGGUCAUCGAGGCUCAUAACAUACAGCUUGUACCGUGUAAUUCCGGUUCUAAGAUCCUCAGGGUUAAGCUAGAAUGGAGACAGAAACAGCGUGAAGACUCUGUUCUCCCAGUGUACAAUGUGUAUGCAGAGAGUGUGAAGUCAACUGAUGUACUAAGAUCGAGGAAGGUUUUGGAGAAACCAAGAAGCGAGAGAGUGUUCCUCGGAAUCUCUCACGUACCAGCCUACUACGUUUCGGAACUGGUGCUAGAUUCGGACGUGAAAGGAGUCAGCUUCGUGGUUCAAUCCUGUGGUGAAGAUGGUUCAUGGAUGAAGGUAGAUGAUUCCCCUAACCUUCUUGUGGACUUGGAAGGUCUCUCGUAGGUUGCUUGAAACUAUGUAUGAAACGAUUAAUAAUGUAUAUUACAAAAUUACAUUAAUCUAGAAAGUGGGGAAAAACAUAAUAAAAAAAUCUGAACCAAGUCUCUUCCGUAUGGAAGUUUUGGUUUCUCAUCA